UUGAAAUCAAUGUUGGUCUUAUUUUUUUAAUAAAGUGGCAUAAUGUUGACUUCACUGAUUUUUCUUAAUAUUUUUUUUGAUACUACUAUUAAAAAUCAGUCAUUGUCCUGUUCAUUCUAGUACGGGGUUUUAAAAUGCCGUGUUAUACAAGGUACUUUAUGACUAGGGUUUUUAUCUUCCCAUUUGACUAUCCACGUGAUAAAGUGUUUAAGCGCAGAAACUGUGGAGUAUAGGAUGUGUCAUAGCAUUAGUAAAUUGUCAAAAUUAUUAAAUCGAGUGCAUCGAAAAGGACGAAGUACUAAAUACAAUCAAAAUAAGAUAAGAAACCUCUUAAAUUUAAAGUUCUUUCAUAUUAUUGAUAUUAAUAAAGUUUUAUUGUAAAUAUUAGCGAGCCUAGUUGUAGUAAACAACUGAACAAAAUAUGGCUCUAACAGCAGAAAAACUCAUCAACGAUGAAAGGUUUUGUGGGGACAAUCCCAUUCAAUUUCUGUUAUAUCUGCCGUUUGGAUUGAUAUUAAUGGCCUUAAGAAUAGUUUUAGCUUGUAUAUUAUGGAUUGCUUCAUUUAUUUUACCAGACAAAUUUGCUGCUAGGCAAUUGAUAUCAACACUGGCAUGUUUGACUUUUGGAGUUUACAUAAAGGAAAAAGGUAACAAAGAUCCAAAGUGCAGUGUGUUUGUAGCUAACUAUGUGUCCUGUUUGGAUUCACUAGCGGCUAGCCGAGCUCUUGGAAGUAUAACUUUAAGAAAAUGGAAAGUGCCACCGUUUUUUGCCUCAACUCUUGGUAUAAAGAACAUUGCCUUGUUUGUUAGGAAGCAACAUUUUGCUGAAAGUCCCGAUAAACCAGUGCUAUUGCAGCCAGAAGGUGGACCUACUAAUGGCAAAGGACUGCUCAAGUUUACAGAUUGUUCCUUCCCGUUGCCGAAUGUUGUCCAGCCUAUUGCUAUCAGUGUAGAGCGUCCGUUCACAACGGUGACAGUCCACCGUCAUUCAGAAGCGGGCCGUCGUUUCCCCUGGCGGGAUCUACUCUGGUUCCUCUGUUCCCCUUACUCUGUGUUCUCCGUGAGAGCCUUGCCUCCCCUGGAGAGGGACGGAGAUAAUGACCAAGUUUUUGGAGAACGAAUUAGACAAGCGAUUGCUGAAACACUUCAGGUGGAAGCAACAGAGUUGAACAGCGAAGAUAUAAGGCGCCUAGUGUUGCCUCGGGCGAGAGCCUCUUCCAGGGCUCAGCCCUCGGCCCCCGUCAACGAGCGGACCCGGCUGGCCAGGCAGGUCAAGGAGGUCCUGCCGAAUGUGCCCUUGCAGGAUAUCAUGAGGGACCUUGCAAAAACCCGUAGUGUUGACGUGACGAUAACAAACUUCCUCGAAGGCCUAACGCCCUAUACCCCCGAGCCGGGGCCGGAACCCCAGCCUUCUACUUCCGCUCCGAGUCCGAAAUAUGUGACCCCGUGCCCCACGGGAGUCUUCCCCAAGACGGCCAAGGAGAGGCAAAUGAGCUUCCAAGAGAGAAAAGCGCAGAUGAUUGCGGAAGCGAGACAGAAGUACAUCGAAAAGCAUCGUAUCGCCGUUAGCUGCUAAUCGAGGGUUUUUCGCUUUUUAUUUGGAUUUUUAGAUUUAUUAGUUAUAACUCUUUUCUUUCAAAUGAGACUUUGAACAGCUCGAACUUGGAGGUCGCUCCAAAAUUUACUUUGAUAUAUUUUAAAAUAUAAAUUUGAAUCGAUAUGUCGAAACAAUAAAUAGAUAAAGCUAUAUUUUAUUAUAUAGGUCAAUAAUAUAAUAUAUAUAAAGAAUAGGAAAUUGAAAAAAUAUAAAUUAUCUUACCAAGAUAUGUUUAGCCGCAAACGGUAGAGGCUUUUUCUUGGAAUGAUUUAAAAGAUGGUGCCCGAUUUAAUAAAUGCUAUAUCCUCAUUUUUACUCAGUUUAUACUUAUAUAAACAAAAACAACUUCAAUGCAUAAUGCAGGCAUUAUUCCCCUACUAAUAGUCCAGUCGUUUUGCCGUAGCUCUCAUUUCAAACAGAUAUGGUGCUGUCUUUAUCACUCUUAUUGUUGUCUCUCUCCCUCUAUAUACAGAUAGGAUAUUUUAUGAGUAAGUUUUGAGUUUGUGUAUUGGUGAUUUAAAUUGUAAAUAAAAAAAAAUAUCUAUUAUAUGUUUAAUGACUCAUAAAUAAACAGAAUUAUAUAUAAAAAAAUAUGUUGAAUAAAUUCGGCCAUGCAUACGUAUAUUUUUUUAUUCAUGUCAAUGUUCCAGACUUGGGACUUGUAUAAAAUGGUUAUUUUUCCGUGUUUGUAGAUUAAGUUUUAGUUGUAUCCUAGAAAUUUACUUUUAAUUUUAGCUAUUGAAGAGAUUUCCUAAUGAUAUAAUGCUGAUUCUCAAAUCGCUUGAGUUAAGUUUUAAAUUAAAGACGAGUUUUAAAAUAAUGUUUACCGUAGACAUCUCCGAAAACAACGAUAAAUGUAAUUUUUGAAAAGGUUUUUUUACAAUUUGUAUAUUUCCUUAGCAGGUGAUCAACUGCCGUGUUGCUUCCAAUUUAGUUCUUUGUAAUUAUUUUAGUCGUUAUAAAUAAAAAGGUUUUGUUUCUAAA